AUGGAGCUUUUCGAUAAUGUUUCUCGCAGGAAUAUUGAUCCUAUGAUCAUGGCACGCUAUGUGAGAUUUUUACCACUGGAAUUUAACAUCGAGGCAGUGGUGAGGUUGGAGUUCUAUGGUUGCAACGGAGUUCAUUACUGUCUACGAAACCCUUGUCUAAAUGGUGGAAUAUGUAAUGAAAUAUUACCCGCUAGUUACGAGUGCAUCUGUGCUGCCGGUUAUACUGGACCGCACUGCGAAGUCGAACAGUUAUGUGCAACAUCACCUUGUAACUAUGGAGGAACUUGUUUCGAAACAGACGAUAGCUAUAUCUGUCGAUGUACGGAAUAUUAUAGUGGUCCAAACUGUGAUAAACAUUGUAGUGUAUUCGACGCGGUUGGUAUCGCAGACGAGUCUAAAAUACUAGAUGCCAAAAUCACUGCAUCCAGUUCACAACGUGACACAUUUGGCCCGAGUAUUGCUACUCAAGGCAAGCCGAAUUCGGAAGACACCUUCGUCAAAACAUACUCAAUCUCGUAUUCAUUGGAUGGAAACAACUUCGUUAAUUACACAGAAAACGGGACAGCAAAGAUAUUUACAGGGAAUACGGAUGGAAAUACUGUUGUAGAAAACGAUUUUUCUUUUCGUUUCUCCGCAAUAUUCGUAAAAGUUCACCCAAAGACAUCAGGAAAUGGAGGAGCUGGACUGAGAAUGGAACUUUAUUCCUGUAAAAGCCGUAAGUAG